GCCAAAUUUCCUGCCCUGGGGGAAUGCUGUGUCAGUGCCCAGACGAGCCUCAGAGCUGACAUCUCCCUGCCCAGCCAUGGGCCCCAAACUGCUCCUGCUGCUGCUCCUGGGACUAGUAGGCCAGGGCUCGGCCGGCAGCCUCCCGGAGAUGCUGCAGGCGCCCGUGGGGAGCUCCAUCCUGGUGCAGUGCCACUACCGACUCCAGGAUGUCAAGGCUCGAAAAGUGUGGUGCCGGGUCCUGCCAGAGGGAUGCCAGCCCUUGGUGACAUCAGCUGUGAAUCGCGGGGUCCCAGUUGGCAGCCGCAUAUUUCUCACCGACCUGGGGGGCGGCCUGCUCCAGGUGGAGAUGAUUGCCCUGCAGGAGGAGGAUGCUGGAGAGUAUGGCUGUGUGGUGGAGGGCUUCUCGGGGCCCCAGACGGUGCACAGGGUCACUCUGGAUGUGCUCCCUGCAGCUCCUGGCCUGAAAGAGGAGGAGAUCCAUCGGGAUGGGACUCUGGGUGAGAGCUCCUCUUUGGACUCUGAAAACAGCGGCAGCCCUUUGGAUCCCAGCCAGGAUAAGAAGAGCAGACCCUGGAUUUGGGGUGCUAUGUUCCUGCUGGGCCUGCUGGUGAUGGUGGCCGUGGUGCUGCUUGCUGUGAUGGCCAAAAGGAAAGGAAACAGGGUUGCUGUCGGUGGACAAUUUCAGAGCAGUGGAAUCUCAAACACGGCUCCCUCCUCAGUGGUCCACCACAUCAGUGACUCUGGACUGGCUGUUGAUUUGCCAUCAGAUGUACCAUAUGUCAAGCUUGACUCACCACCUUGCUUUGAUGAUACCACUUACACCAACCUUCCUCCUGAUUCCCUGUCAGGGAAACUCCUACCCCUAGACUCAUCCUGUGUGCCCCCUCUGCCUCCUAAGGUUGAGAUUAUCUCCAAGCCCGUGACAUACGCUACAGUCAUCUUCCCUGGAAAGGGCAAGGGUGGAGGAGCCCCCUGCGAGCCAGCCCAGGAGCCACCUAAUAGCCAGGCUCCACCCAGCUAGGCUGGUCACCAUCCUGUAUACACCCGCAGAUUAUCCCCAGGGUUUUGUGUAGCCAUCCAUGCAACCCAUGCUCUAGAUCCUUAGGAAAUCUGACCUUUAGGAUCCAGUGUCUUAACUUUUCUGACCUGGUAAGUGAUACUUGGAAUAAUGAGGUGUCCUGGAAGCCAAGCCAUGUCAUGGGAAACUAGCCAUGUUAGUUGCUCUGCCAAAGAACUAAAUAAACUUUAAAUGAUAAUA